AUGCAUGAUUUUCACGACAAUCUCCAUCGGAAAGCUAAGACGCUGGAAUUAGGUAAAUUAUGGAUGAGGAUUAUUCAAGAAUACUCCAAGAGAUGCUUAACGUACGAAAGAGACAAAUUAGUAGCUAUUGACGGACUGGUAAAGAUUUUCGAGAUCAAUAGAUUAAAAGAUGGUUUCGCAGGAAACUGGAUGGCAAACAUCAGAGAAAUGAUUUUGUGGUAUAGUGGUAGGGGCCAUCAAGUGAGACCUUACACACAGUGUUGAGCCCCUAGUUGGUCAUGGGCUUCAUACCCAUCCCGCGUAAAGUUCGACCUCCUGUGGAGAUUCAACGAUCCGCGAUUGAAAAGACGGUAUCCAACUCGCAUAGUGUCUCUCUCCGUUGAGAAGGGUGCAUCGGGCCAAAGGAUUGAUAGGCGUCUCACAGUGAUAGAUAAAACAAUAACUCUCAGACCAGCUGUUCCAUGUUUAGAAGGCGGACGAUUCAUGAAUAAAUACCGACUUUACUCAUAUUACCUCGCUUGUAAGCGGUCCGCAACAUUAUGUUUCGCGCUUCCAGAUGACCAACAGGAAUUCGAGAAAAUCAUAGAAGAAAGGCAAACAGUCACUGGGCUGUUAUGGGAUGUAGUACUGGACAGGACUCGUUUAGAAGAAGACAACUUUCUUCAUGCGUCUGGAUAUUCGAGCCAUAUCCUUAUCCUACAACACGAUCCCCAAAAUAUCACUCAGUACAGACGUCUAGGUCUCGCUUUCAUAAACUGGUCUUUCCAUCACAAUAAUAAGAUACCCCCGCCAAAGGUUGAUGGAACGAAGCGAGAGUGGGGACUGGGAAAAGAUUGGUUCAACGCAACAUUGCAAAAGCUUACGAUAGUUUAG